GCUGAGGGGCUGCGCGAAUGGACUGUACUGCUAUAAUUUCCCGUAAGGGAAGUUGAGUUCCUAAGGCCAGCAUCGCAGUCUCGAGGCAACAACUCAAUCGGUUUUCGACCGGAAGCAGAGAAAGACCGUCCUCCACCCAUUUUCGUUCGGAGACUUUCUUCUGUGCCGUGGUUGACGCCCAGAGAAACAACUUCAACAUGCCUACUCGAGGAAAAGUCUCUCACUGGCGUCGCAUGCAAGAGUAAGACGACGAAUACCGAGCUUCUCUCCUGCUCGACGGUCCGUGCCUCUCAGUUUGUCUCCAUUGCGUGUCUAUCUUCCUUCUUUGUCGCCCAAUUCUUCGACUGCUGUGGGCCUGCCUUUCUCUUCAACGGCAAAAAGCUUGACGUACUGCAAGGCGAUAUCUGCGCGGAAAGAAGACUCUGGCAGAGCAUGCAUGCCUCGUCAGCCGCCGGUGAUCCCGCUUGUCUGCAAAAAAUGGUCAAGUACAACGCGAUGAGCCGGAACGUAUCCUCUUCCGUUUUCUCUCGUCUUUGAACCGUUUUCUCCAGGUUUCCACAACCCCUUCUACCUCUGUGUCCCUCCGUUGCCCGACAGAUCCAUUGGAGCCGGAUUCACGCCAGCGGUAUCUGUCUGCGCUCCUGUCGUGGCUCGUCGAACGGGUGUCUCUUAGUGGCUUCGUUGUGGUUUCCAUAUUUUUGAAUGGGUGUCUGAAGGUCGUUUUUAUCGACAAAACGUUUCCAGUCCCGCCCUACCCUCUCUGCCUCCCUGUCCGCGUGUUCAUUUCUCAAUGAAAGUCCUCCGUCUUCCCUACUCUCGGCCUCAACCCUGUCCUGUUUAUAAGCCAAAGCAUUUCCUCUUGUCUGAACAGUCUCUGUUCCUCGCUCGAUACUUCCCCAGCUGCCUUCUCGCCUCCGUUUGAAUAGGUUCUCUACUUCGUCCGUGUUUUCACCGGAGCGCUGUGUCGCCGCCUAGUCGCUGAACCUGCUUCGUUUCUCUUUCCUGUCUUCUGCCUCAGUUUGGGAGACGAGACUUCCUUUCACACGAAGUCGACCUGGCGCAUGCUACGCAGAGGAAAUUAGGCGGUUCUUGGAAGAAAAUCACGAAAGCGGUGGAAUCUUCCACAGCAAGGUGUUGACUAUGGCUGCGGCUCCGCAGAAGAUUUCUUUUUCUUUCGGAAAAAAGACUCCGGCUUCUUCUUCGUCGUCUUCUUCCUCGAGCCGGCCGUCGCUCUCCUUUUCUCUUUCUUCUCAGCGCGGGGGCGCAGGACCCGCUGCGGGGGGCAACGCCUUCCAGGGAAGAAGUGACUUCUUCAAGGAGCAAGAAGAGAAGCAAGUCGCGAUUCAGCAGGUACUGUCGAUUAGCAAGGAUGGAGAGUGGGAGACGGAGGGAGGCGAAGAAGAGCCACCCCCACUGGUAAUUCCUUGCCUGAACCGCCUCGAUAGGCCGCCCUCGGCCUCGUCUGUUUCCUCCGAUACGAACGAGCCCGAGAAACAAGGUCUCACGAAUAAAAGCGGCGGCGCAGGCAGAGCCAGAGACGAGAAGAAAGAACCGAAUUAUCUGCUGGUCUCGAAACACGAGUCUGACGUUAAAAACGAAUCUGAGACGAACACGGAACUCGGUCCGACCCCUGCAGCUCCUUCCGAGGCGCCCCUGUCUGCGUCUCCAAAGCCCGAGUACGGCCUGACUGCGCCGAAGCGGCCUCCCGUGGUGAAGUCUGAGCCAGACGACUCCUCUGCCUCCUCUUCUUCCUCUCCCUCGGCUUCCCUAGACGACCUGGCAGCGCAGGCGUUGAUUGCUGAGGCUAGGGGCGAAUACGGCUCGGGUCCCGUGGGCACCGCGGCGCCAAUUCUCCCCAUUUUGUCUCGAAAUGAAAAGCUGGCUGAGCUCCGAAGGAGACAUAAGGAGCGUGUGAGACAGGCAAAACAGCGUGCAUCCUCCCGCUCUUCGCCUUCUGGCGUCCGGGGCAGAGGGUUCGUGGCUUUCGACCCUUCGUCUGGAGCAUCUGCACCAAGGCUUCCGUGGGAGAAGGACGCGAACGGCGUGAAGGAAGAGCGAGAAGACCCAGACAGAGACCAGGCGUUCGGCGCCACCGAAACGAGCGAGAAGGAAUUGCUGCAAGAGGAACUCAACCUCCUUCCAGACGCGCUCUCGGCCACCAGCGCCGAGUACAGCCGGAUUCCUGUCAGCGAGUUCGGCCUCGCCAUGCUCCGCGGCAUGGGGUACGACGCAGAGAAGAAGGAAGAGACAACGAAGGGAGCGGCGCCCAAGCGGAAGCGGACAUACAACCGCGCCGGUCUUGGGAGCGAGGAAGAAGUCGAGCGCCUCUGGGAGGAAAGGGAACAGAAACUCAGAGAGGAGGCUGCAAGAGACAAAAAACGGAAGAUGGACGAACUGCUCAGGCGAAGAAGGGAAGGCUAGAACGCGUCUGCAUUACAGAGGGGGGACGCGAAGAUUCAAAAUCGAAACGGAGGUUCAGUUCACGUUUCAACACGUUUGUGGUGCCUGGCGCGUCUCUCUUCUUUUUCGUCUUUUUCUUCCUGUUGAUGUCAACUUCUCUCCGCAUCAGAGCCCUCGAGUUUUUGCCUGUCUUCACCUUGCUCUGACUCCACUCCUACCUUUCUUCCUGCUCUUUAGCAUGUAGGCGGGGUGACAUUUGAAUGCAAGAAAUCUCCCGCCUUUCCUGUUGGUUUGACCUUGUUUUCGAAUUCGCCUUUUGUAAUGUGCUCGACGAUAAUCGCCGAAAAAGGAUUCUCCCAUCAAUGGACCGUCACAACACAGCCGCCGUCAACAUGUUACUGCACCGUGCUGGGAUUAUACAUUCUAUUUCUGUGUUCUGCGAAGAGCGCUCAAAACUCUUCGAAUGGGUGCUUUGUCUGGGCCUGCGGUAAUGCCGUUUUCUGUGAUGGUACUGGAUCCCUCUGACUUCUGAUCGGAAAUCUGGGGCGGACCUGUCUGAAGGUUUCUACGGGAUGGGGAAGUGGGACAGCAGAGAGAGUCUAGCGCAGCAGAAAGCAUGAAUAAAGAUGAGGAGAGAACUCUCGAAGAGUGGGAGGGUGGUGUGAAUGGUCUUUUCUCUGGGAGGAUAGGUUAGGGUGGGGGGAAUGUUCUGUCAUGACGGUGGAAGGCCUUUCCUUCCUCGUAAAGGAUAUCGACGGGAGCGCACUGUUUCAGAGUACGAUGACCCGAUGGAAGAAAAAGAAAAGUUUCUUUUCAAUUUGUUUUUCUGGCAAUGAAAGGUAGUGACGCCUUUCACAAGAAAAGGACCAUGCAACACACACACACACACACACCCUUGCGCCCGAGAUUCGAAUGAAUCUC